CUCAGGCUCGAGCCGCGGGGGCAGUUAGACGACGGAGAUAUGCUGAAAGAGAAAGGAACAGACGACAGUGAAUUGGAUAUAAGUAGCAGUAUUAUGGAAAUUAACAAACAUUUUGAAAAUACUAGUGCCUGGAAGCACAUUGUGGGUGGAGAUGUUAAAGUUGACAUGUACAGAAGUGCCAAAAAAUGUCCUCAUGGUUUAUCAAAUUGCUUAUGGUCUCAUUCUAGUGAUGGGAUUGUUUAUGUACCAUAUAUUUUGAAAUCAAAUUUUGGUAUGGCAGGACAAUUUGAGAAAAAGGACUCAAAUAAUCUGGGUACAUCAUAUGAUUAUGGUUCUGUUAUGCAUUUUGGAAAAUACUAUCUUGCCAAAUCUCAGCAGCCUACUAUAGUGCCCAAACGAAAUCCAAACAUACCUAUUGGAUUUGCCCCUGGGCUCAGUGAGAUAGAUGUUUUGAAAAUAAAUAAAUUGUAUCAGUGCCUUCAUUGUGCAGAAAUGUUGACCACAUCAGCUGGAAAUUACAAAGGUAAAAUUGAUUAUCGAGGCUCUGACUCCAGUUUUGAACAGUCAAAUUGUAUUUGGCUCAUCCAAGCUCAUUGGGGACAUAAGAUUCUUUUGAGAGUUACUGCUCACAACCUUGAAGAAUCUGACCAAUGUGCAAAAGCAUAUUUGCUUAUUCGUGAUGUUGCUGAAGGACCUCCCAUCUUCAAAGCAAAGAUUUGUAAAACAACACCAGCAUUUAUAGUAGAUGGAAAGGCACUUAUGGUUGAGUUCUAUCAUCCUGGGACACCAGACCGUCCUGGAUUUACAGCUCAGUAUGCUGCUGUUUAUAGCACAGUGAAGUUCAUUUACUGGAAAUGUGGACAAAAGUUCCUGAACGUCUUCAUCAUGGUACAGCACCACCAACUGACGUCAGUGAAUAAGUACCAUCUCUUCUGUUGUGUUUCCAUGUCACAACAACCACACUUGUCACAACACCAGUCACAUUUUGUGAAAGAACAGCAGGCAUUGCUGGAGAAACUGGCACCAUCUGUGAAGAGAGAAGUGGAACUAAUGUUUUGGAUCAACCAUGAUUCUUCUGCAGAAUUAAAGAGUGCAAUCUGACACAAACAAGGCAAGAGGAAUAAACCAUCACCCUAUAUCCCACAUCUCUGUAGCAGGAUGAGGGUGUCACUGGCUAGCAGGGGAUUUAUUGCCCAUCCCUAAUUGCCCAGAAGACAACUACGAGUCAGCCACAUUGCUGUUGGUCUGAAGUCACAUGUAGGCCAGAUCAGGUGAAGAUUUUUUUCACUGGAGCCAAUGCAAUAUGUGUAUGUUGAUAUCGUGCCUAAUGUUGAUUACCUCAUGAGCACUAUAAUUUCUAGAGGACAACCCAAACUAUUUUUCAUUGCCAUUAAUACUUUUCUAAUGCUAGCAUCCAACAUUUGUUGUACAGUAAUCAGCUAAAGUCAUGAAGGACUUUUGUGAAAAUGUUAAGCUUUAAGUUGUUAUUUUUGUUAUAUUUUGACCUUAAAAGCAGCAGCUUGCGGCCAAAAAAUAUAUUUGAAGGCAAGAUGAAAAUGUUUUCCAUAAAGCAUGUUCAAGUCUCUUGAUAUGCCUGAGGAAGUCUGGAUCAUUGAUAGUUGUGCCAACUGUGCUGUUCCAUUGCGCUGACAUAGUAGACAGAGUUCCUGGUUAUGCUGCUCCGUCAGGGAUUAGGGUUGGCAUAGAUGAUUAGAAAUCCUCCUGGGAUUACAAAAUGACACUUAAAAUUGAUUUAUACAAUUAUUGGCUUGCCUUUUUCUGUGUUCUAGUUGUGUUGUAAUAUUUGUUUUUGACACUUUGUGUGUUAUCUUUAUGAUUUACACGGAACUGUGAUGUCAGAAUAAAAGAAAAAUUUCACUGAGUUAGGACUAGUUCCAUUUCAUUGACAGCCGUGUGCCCAUGUAUUCUCUUUUUAUUCUUGUGACAAAUAAACUUUUUA